AUCGUCCACAUGGCAUCCACAGUUGACAUCGCUUCCUCGUUCAUUGAGGGUGCCCCGCCAGGCGAGCUCGCGGACGUUGUUGCCGAUGUGAAAACGCUUACCUCUGACGGUGCCGAUAUCAUCCCAUCCCUUGCUCCCGCAUUUGAGCGAUACAAUGAGACGCAACUGGCGACCGUGAAGCUCCCCGGGGCGAGUCAGGAGGUCCUUAUCAGCGAAUACAAUAAACUAGAGGGUAACCGCUACUUUGACGUCGAGAGCCAGACGUCCUUCGAAGUCGAUCAUGUCACACAAGAAGCCUCCGCGGCGCAGUCGUAUGUAUUGGAUUCGCAAAAUGCGGACUUGAUCAAAUCGCUACUCAAGUCGCUCGGUGCUCAUGCCCGGGAGCACUACCCUAACUGCGCCUAUGGUGUAUACCCCAUUGAAAACGACUCUGCGGUGGCAAUUUUGCUGGUUUCGAACCGCUACUCACCUAACAACUUCUGGAACGGGCGCUUCCGCGCUACCUACCAGUUCCCUGUUUCUGAGCCCACGACCGUGACUGGCAAGAUCCAGGUUGACGUCCACUACUACGAAGAUGGCAACGUGGCGCUCAACACGAAUAAACCCAUCAAGCUUUCCGUCCCAUCCACUUCCGCCGAGAGCAUCAUUUCCCGCAUUGCAACUGCGGAGCGCGACUACCAGGAGGACCUGAACCGCGCGUUCGUGCAGAUGGCUGAGGGCGCAUUCAAGGGCUUGCGCAGACAGCUCCCCAUCACACGGCAGAAGGUGGAAUGGGAGAAGGUCGGAGGAUACCGCCUGGGACAGGAUAUCUCUGGUGGCAAGGGCCGCUGAAAUACCACUGAUACGUGGGAAUAUGCUGGCAUAGAUGCGGAUUGAGCGUUAGCGUGAUUAGAAGGAUUCAUUCUAAAUUGAUCUUGAAUAAUGUAUA